AUGGAGGGUUUUGAUAGCAUGAUGAGGAUAGCAAUGGGGUAUUCUCUGUCAACGGCCUACAGGUUAACUGAUAUGCAACAAAACAGAAACCAGCAAAUAUUGUGGAGAAAAGUGUGGAAAAACAUAGCACCAACUAAGGUAAAAUGCUUCACAUGGCUGGUGGUCAGAAGGGCUGGUUUGACACAAGAAGUUUUGAAGAAAAAGGGGCAGAUCAUUGUUUCAAGAUCUCAAUUAUGUGGGAAAACUGAAGAGACAAACAGUCAUCUGUUUCUGCAUUGCAGUUUCACAUCACAGCUAUGGUCACUAUUCUUUAGUCUUACAAAUACAAUAUGGACCACGCCUGAGCAUACUGCAGAUUUGUUAGGCUGUUGGAUUAGAAGAGGAGGAAGCAAGAGGAGGAAGAAAUGGUGGAGAAUAAUUCCACUUUGCAUUUGGUGGACUAGUGUGGAAGGAAAGGAAUAG